CGGCAGAAAUUGCAUGUUUUUCCCACCUCCCCACCUGCCCAUGUGUGCGCUCUAUAAAUAGAAUAGCAACUCAUCCUCUCCGCCUUCCCUGUCAAAAGGAGCACAAUUUGUGAUUCGAAACGGAGGAGGAGAAAGCAGAGGAAGAAGGAGAAGGAGCACAAUUUGUGAUUUGGAACAGAGAAGGAGAAAAGAGAGGAAGGAGGAGGAAGAGGAGCUUCGUCCUUUCCUCUUCUUCUAAUCCAACAAUUCCUUGCUGGAAGAGGAGAGGAAGGUGCCUCUUGUUUUCCUUUUUGAUCUUCGAACCAUCCAUUACGGAAUCCUAGUUGACAUAGAGGAGGUGCCUUUGUUCUCUGCCCAUUUUUGUUUUCUGCAAUUAGGAGGAACAUUAUUUGUCUUCUUUUUUUUUUUUUUUUUUUUUGCCUCCAUCUUUCAUUUUUCACAACUCGAUUGUUUCCAAGUGGAGGGCAAAGAGGCGUUUUUCUUCCCCCAGCCCUCUUUUUCUCCACCAUUCAAUCCUCUUGAACGCUCCUUCUGCGCUUGUGGAGACAUCUUUGUUGGGAUUCUGGAGGAGGAGAAAUGGCAAGGAUCUCGAUCGGGUUCCUCGGUCUCACCGAACUCUUUAUCAGCACAAUGGUGCAUAUGCUCUUCGGUUUCUACAUAUUCAGCACCGCGGUGGCAUCCGAUGUCUCUCAGGUCCUAACUGAUUGCCUCCGGCCCAAUAUCUUCAACCUGGGAGCCAGAGAGGAGGGAGGCAAUGAUAGCAAGGAGAAAAUGGCGGUAUUGGAGGGCUCUCCGCCCCCAAUUGUGCUGGUUCAUGGCAUUUUUGGGUUCGGCAAAGGGAGACUCGGAGGUUUGUCCUACUUUGCUGGGGCGGAGAAGAAGGAUGAACGAGUCCUUGUGCCUGAUUUGGGAUCCCUAAGCAGCAUCCACGAUAGGGCAAGGGAAUUGUUCUAUUAUCUGAAAGGAGGGGAGGUGGAUUAUGGUGAGGAACACAGCAGGAAAUUUGGCCAUUCACAAUUUGGAAGAACAUAUGAACGAGGCCAUUACCCUUCAUGGGGUGAGCAUCAUCCUGUUCAUUUUGUCGGCCACUCUGCUGGCGUGCAGGUUGUCAGGGUUUUGCAGCAGAUGCUUGCAGAUAAGGCUUUCAAUGGCUUUGACACCUCUGAGGACUGGGUUUUGAGCAUCACCUCCCUCUCUGGAGCCCUCAACGGAACCACUAGGACAUAUUAUGACGGCAUGCAGCCUGAAGAUGGAAGGUCGAUGAAAUCGAUAUGUCUGCUUCAGCUCUGUCGCCUUGGAGUCAUAGUCUAUGACUGGCUGGACAUUACAUGGCUGAAGAACUACUACAACUUUGGGUUCGAUCAUUUUCAGAUGGCAUGGAGAAAUUCAGGCAUUACUGGUUUGGUUGAUCUCAUACUGGGAAACUCAGGACCUUUUGCUUCUGGAGACUGGAUUCUCCCUGACCUUACAAUUCAAGGCUCAAUCAAUCUCAAUUCUGGUCUCCAGACCUUCCCCAACACCUUCUAUUUCAGCUAUGCGACUAGGAGGACGCAAAAAAUCCUUGGCUACACUGUUCCUUCUAGCAUCUGGGGCAUCCACCCUAUGCUCUUUAUUAGAGUCUUGCAGAUGUGCCAAUGGAGGUUCCCGACCGGCGCAUCCCCACCUUAUAAAGGAUACAGGGAUGAAGAUUGGGAACACAAUGAUGGAGCUCUAAACACAAUAUCAAUGACCCACCCUCGUCUGCCGGUAGAACAUCCAAGCUUUUAUGUUGUGGAUGACUCAGAGUGCCAGCCUUUGCAACCAGGAAUCUGGUACUAUAAGAUCAUGGAGGCCGAUCACAUCUUUUUCAUAGUAAACAGGGAGAGAGCAGGAGUACAGUUUGACGUUCUGUAUGAUGGCAUAUUUCAGAGGUGCAGAAAGCAUGUAUUCAGAAGCAGUAAAACACUAAUACCCAACGAAAGCAAUCAAUGACACCAUUCUCUUCUACAUUAGAUAUGGCUA